CACAGAUUGUGUUUAUCGUGCUCACGCGAGCGGCAGGAAUGGAUCGUCGAAACGAAACGAACUUGAAGCCGACGCUGUUUGCCGACGGCACUAGAUGCCACGAUAUUCAGGGGAUGGCGAAGCGCUAAAGAAAUCAGUCAAUCAUUCCUAUAUCAUACUACCAGCACUACUACUUGUAUUUCUAGAAACAGUGAACCACAACUUCAACACUCCUAGUACUGUACCUACCUACCUACCUAGUAUCUACCUAUCUACCUAGGUAUCUUUACUUGCAAUCUCCACCCCCGAUGUCUGAAUCACGCCCAGCUCCCCAUUAUGCGGCGGCCAGGGCCGUAGGCGUUGACAGCGCGCCCAAUGUUGCUUCCGGAUCCCAAUACAAUCACGGUAAGAACAAGUCCAGUGGUUCAAAGCCUGCGGCUUCAACUACGCAAUCAACUCCUGGCUUUUUCGAAGGCAACUCUGUCCUCACUUCCUACGGGUUGGGCCUUUCUGGAAGGAGGGAACGAAUCUUGUCUUCGCCUAACGUAGACAAAUUCUUCGAUCUUGUCGAACAAUGUUGGGUACAACUCUCGCAACUCAAACCUCAUCUCAAUGAACGAUUUUCCUUCGCUGAAUUUCGUCACUCAAUGGCUCUGGCCUUGUAUCAACGCAUUGAAAAUGUCAAGUUUGACGCCCUUGGUAUCACACCAUGCACUCCCGUUCGCAUUCCUCUUCCCAAUUCCACCCGCUUGUUUCAACCAAUUUGGUCAGUCCUGGCAAACAUUGGUAUUGUUGAAGACGAUGAAUUACGCGUCACAUACAUCCCGAACUCUUGGCUUCCUGAUACGGAUCGCCUUUCUUCUGACGGAGAUCUCGAUGGCCUCCUUGACGGCUGUCUCUAUCGUUGGCAAAACUCCUGGGAUGACGUUUUGAAAGCCCGUCGAGACCGCAGACCAUUUCAAUCUAACACGCCUGCAGACGCCAAUGAAACCACUGAUCUUCUCUCAGGCCCUCAGCAUGUUGCCGAAACAUAUCGUUUGCGGAGACCUGUACUGCCUAAUCCACAACAAAACAAAGAUUCUGGAAAAUGCGAGAUCCUGGACAGAUACUUGUAUCUCUACCCGGCCAAGAAUGAAUCAGGUGCAGGCGAAUCCGAUGUCACUUUGAUUAACGCCUCUCCCGAGCACUCUUUUGUUCCCGAGUUAUCGUACCGACUUUCUGAUGGUACUACUACGGUCCAAGCUGACGCUCGUACCUAUGGUGCCCGCCUUCAUUGGGACCCUCAACUUUGGCGCGACUAUGAACAGUUUGUCGAGAUUGUCACUCCUGUGGCAAUGUUUUCUCUUUCCACGCCUGCUGAGUCCAGUGGGACCUAUGCUUGGCUCCUGCCGGUGAAAGAACAUAGAGACAGAAGUACCCAUUCUGGCGUUUCUGUUUCUGCUCGCUUGCCCAGAGCAUCCAUCGCGCCGGCGACUUGGAUGUUAUCCUUCCUACUUCAAUCAUCGAAUUUGGAGGGGAGCCAACAAUCCACAUUUACUGCGGAAACAGACCGACUUUCAGAUGUCAAUGUUAUCGAUCUCCGAAAUCGUUACAUAUGCUCGGCGAUCAGGGACCCUUCAGCUACAGUACCCAGUAGUAGCACGCGCUCACAAAGCCUGAGAUUUUAAAGCGAAGUGUGUCGGGCCCUGGUGUCAAAAGGCAAAGGCUUUAGCUUGCACAGCGGCGUUAAAACAAUCCCAUCAUCAGACCUCAAGCAAGAGGGAUGCGCACCACGCCCGACGCCACUUUCAUUCGUAGACUGAUACAGAAGAUGGCUAGGACGGAUACUGUCAGUGUAGCUCUACCCGGCUACUUUGGUCAUCGCUCGUACUAGUGAUAUUGUAAUUUCCUACCGCUUUGUCCAAGUCUCCUGUCCUUAUCUCAAGCCAAAUCAACCAAAGUGUACAUGUCCACACGCAGGCGCCUCACACACAAACUCGAGUUUGUGGCGUCCAUCGGUUACUGUGCGGUACUAGCUGUAGCCGACAGAUAGUGCUUACCUUUAGUGUUUGGCUGCCACCGCACGCACCCGAGGGCAGUAGUCACUUUGCCUAUCGUACUAGUCCAGGAGAUUCGAAC